AAGAGUCAGAAUCGCAAGGAAUGUUUGUAUGGGUGUUAUUACACAGUGAUCAGGUUCUGUAAAUCACUGCUAGCUCACUGCUGGACUGGCAGACUGGCUCUCUGUGCAUGGGACUGGAGAAGUGUUCCUGCAGCAUCCCAGCCCUACAGCUGCUCACCUGGAUUCCUGUCUAAGGAUGCUGCUGGACCUCACUAGGAGGACAAUCAAAGUCUGAGCUGGAGCCCCUCUUUUCAUGGACACUAAAAUCUAUACAACUGAAGACUGAUAAUAAGACAUCAUUCACUGUAAAUCCUAAUUCUAUUCAGGAGGUUUAUUGAAUGCUGAUGACUUUCAGUGCAUACAUUGCAUUUUCCACUCCCAUGUAUUCAAACAACCAGAUGUGCAGUUUCCCCAGUAACUGUUUAAAGUUAUUGGGUGUGAUUGUAAACUAGAGAGAGCAGAUCCUGAAGUGCCUUCAGUUUCAGACAUUUGGAGAAUUGUGUCAUAGUUCCUUCCUUCACUUUCACUCAGUGCUGAAGGAUGAACAUGGUUUUCCUGGGGUGGAAUGGGGAGUCUUGCUGUCUACUACCUCUACUAGCUGUAGUUUUGGUGGUGGAGAGUACCCAACUAGACACCUCCAGAUCCAAGGUCAACUCCAUCAAGUCCAUUAUAGUGGGACAGACUCCUGUUCUGGCCACCAACAGGUCUUUAAGCUUCCAGCAUGGAAUUUCCCACAAGAAAGGGAAGAGCCUUGGUCAGGCUUAUCCCUGUGUUAGUGAUAAAGAGUGUGAAGUUGGAAGAUAUUGCUACAGUCCUCAUCAGGCUCCAUCCUCAUGCAUGGUCUGUCGAAGAAAGAAGAAACGUUGCCAUAGAGAUGGCAUGUGCUGUGUUGGGAAUCGCUGCAACAAUGGUAUAUGUAUUCCAGUAGCUGAGACCAUCCUGACACCUCAUAUUCCGGAACUUGAAGGACGCCCAAAGAAGAACAGUCACAUGUCUAACAAGGAUUUGGGUUGGCAGAAUAUUGGAAGGCAUCAUUCCAAAAUGCCACAUAUAAAAGGACAUGAAGGAGAUCCCUGUCUGCGGUCAACCGAUUGUAUCGAAGGAUAUUGCUGCGCUCGACAUUUCUGGACCAAAAUUUGUAAACCUGUAUUACGUCAAGGGGAGGUUUGCACAAAACUAAGAAAAAAAGGGUCUCAUGGUUUGGAGAUAUUUCAGAGAUGUGACUGUGCUAAAGGCCUGUCUUGUAAAGUAUGGAAAGAUGCCACAUAUUCUUCAAAAUCAAGACUACACAUUUGCCAGAAAAUCUAAGUAUUCAUCAAAAAGCUGCUGUUUCGACAGACUGUGAGUUUGCCGUUGGUACAAGAUGGGGACGUUUAUUAGCGUCAUCGGUACUGGAGAACAUACAACACUGACCUGAAAGGAUAUCUUUAUAUUUGAACUGGAGCCAUUAGAGCUUUUCUUUGUAAAUAAACAUUUUGUGACAGUGACAUUUCAUUUACUAUUGUAACAGUGCAUGCCCACUGAUUUUACAAAAUAUAUGAACUUUAUCUACGUAGAAAUAAUCUCUGUUAGUGUAUUCUGUCAAAAUGCUUUAACAAAAUCCAAACAUAUUUCUUGAGUUUCCUGUGCAUUUGUUUUGGGGUUCUUUCCAUAGAAAGCAUUGCAGAUCAUCUCCAGGGAAUAGAACUAUAGCAUUUUCUUAUGAUGAUCAAUCACAGCCGAUCAGAAUUACACUAUAUCCUGUUUUUUGUCAAGAAAGACUUUUUCAGAACACAGAAAGUUGGCUCAGCCAGUUACUGGCAACUUCUAUGUGCAUCUGAAAGCUCAAUUAUGAAUACCAGAUCUAUGAAGCUUGGAGAUUGCUCAGACUGUACUGAGAUCAGUAUUAUUAAAUUAGACCAAUUAGGAGGGACUCAAGCCUGCUUAACACAGUCCAUUGUAAUGGUUAGUGUACAUGUGUCUGCUGUCCAACUUGAAAUACUACAGCAGUUCCUUGUGGCUUACGUAAAUUAACAUUAUGAGAACAUGGUAUUAAAUGUCUACAAGGCAACACGCUAUGGUUUACUAGCAAUGAUGAUAUAACUGUAGUGUGAAGAUUGCCAUAAUACAAUAGGAAAAGCAUAAAAUACUCCACGAUUCAACUUAAAGGAGCUGUUUGGGAUUUUCAUAUUCUCAAGAUAGGUCAUCAGUUUCUGAAUCGUGGGGUCCAACUCCUGGAACCCUUGCUGAUCAGCCAUUUCAAGAGGAUACUGUGCUCCAGUGAGUGCCUGUGUCUUCCUCAUAGCUUACCAAGAUAGGUCAUACAUAUCUAAUCGGCGGGGGGUCCGACUCCUGGAACCCUUGCUGAUCAGCCAUUUCAAGAGGGUACUGUGCUCCAGUGAGUGCCUGUGUCUUCCUCAUAGCUUACCAAGAUAGGUCAUACUUAUCUAAUCGGCGGGGGUCCGACUCCUGGAACCCUUGCUGAUCAGCCAUUUCAAGUUUCUGCAGUGCUCCAGUGAGAGCCUACGUCUUCCUCAUAGGUUACCAAGCACAGCUCCAUACAUUGUAUAGCGGCUUUGCUUGGUAUUUCAGCUUAGGCCCAUUCACAUGAAAGCGACUGAGCUGCUCUUAGGUCAUGUAACCAAUAAAUGUGAGCGCUGUGGCCUUCUCAAACAGUUGAUCAGUAUGGGUGCCAGUGGUCGGACCCCCACUGCUCUGAUAUUAAUCGCCUAUCCUGAGGAUAGGUCAUCAAUACGAAAAUCUCAGACUACCCCUUUAAUCACCAAUGUCUCUUCCUGAAUUGCAACUGCCUUUGUUACUUUUUUGCAGGUAUGGAAGCAUAUUUCUUCUAUUUAGUUUUCGACCCCUUGAUUUUCAAACAGAAUAAAAUAUUCAUGUGUUUUAUGGAUUGCAUUGUGUUUCAUUGGAUCAGUGUCACUGGAGGUGUCAGGAUCCAUCAUUGAGAAAAGACAUUAACAAAUGUCAGAUAUUGUACUAUACUUAAAGACGUCUUAUCACCUCUCCUGACAUGUCUGUUCUAAUAAAUACCUGUAUUCCUCAUAAUAAACGCUGCAUUAUGCCGAUCUUCUGUUAAUCCUCAUGGACAUGUAUGAAUUAAUAAAUUGACAACUGGGUGUUACCAAUCCUCUUGUGAACAGGGCAUGCCCCUACACAUUCUUGCAUUCUUCCUAAGUAUCUGAUAGAUUAGAG